AUGCUCACCUCUUCCCAUUUGCAGAGUGAGAUUAGUCGCGUCACUGAAGCAGCACACGAGGCGUACGCUCUCUACUCGAAGACCAACCAUCGGAACGAUCUCGAUCGCACUAUUCAGGGCUUUCAAGCAGUGCUCGAACGAUGUCCCAAUGGCCACCCGGACCGUGCUGCAGCGCUUUCCAACUUAGCACAUGUCAUUUUCUUCGGCACCACCAAGAACGUCAGAACUGAUAUUGACCAUGCCAUCUCCCUCUUCCGCUCUGCACUUGCACUCCGUCCCCGAGGGCACCCUGAUCAUCCGCUGUCCAUCUUCAACCUCUGUAAGGCUCUUCACCAACGUCAUCUAAAUGGAGAUGAUUUCGCCAGUGUUCGCGAGGCUGUGGAGCUUUACCGCUCCCUGCUGCCGCUUUGUCUCUGUCCGCCAGGACAUCCAUGUCGCGUAUGGUCACUUAGCAAUCUACCUGCAGAUCUCUGUGACCGCUUUCACAAAAACGGCGAUAUAGAUGAUAUUGAUAGAGCUGUUCAAUUUUCACGCGACGCACUUGCCAUCCGUCCUGAUGACGCUGGACACGACUUCUUUCUCGGUGUAUUAUCCUACGCUCUUCAGCUCCGCUUUGAUCACCACGGCGAUCCUAGAGACCUUGAUGAGAGCAUACCACUUUAUCGAGCAACAUUAGAUUUGCGCCCUCCAUUUGAUCCAGCUCGUUGGACAUCUCUCAAUAACCUUGCCGAGGCACUGAUUGCUCGCUACAACCAAUGCGGCAACGUCUCGGACUUUGAGGAAGCCAUGCGCCUUCACCAAGAGGCACUCGACCUGCGUCCCCGAGGUCAUGCAAGGUGUGACUACACCUUAAAUAACCUCGCAGUUGCCCUCUAUGCACACUUUGGAAAAUCGGGAGACAUAAACGCUCUCGAUGACGCCAUUGGCUUCUAUCGAGAAGCGCUCGAGAUGCGACCUCCGGGCGACAAAUUGCACUGUCAUGCUUCAGUAAAUUUGGCAUCUGCGCUGCAGAAACGUUUUACACGAACUUUGGUCAGUGAGGACAUCGAAGAGGCAACCGGGCAUUGUCAGGAAGCCCUUGAGUCAUUGCCAAUCAGACAUCCGGAGCGCUAUUUCAGCUAUGUGUCGCUUCAGGGAAUCUACCUGGCUCGCUAUAACGUUCAUUGCGACAUUGAUGACCUCGCAAAUGCAUUCAAAAAUUAUAGACUGGCCGUGAACCAUAGAACGCAAGGAUUUCCUCGGCGCAUAGUGAACGCGUUUCAAUGGAUUGUAGAUGCAGAGAAGUAUAAUCACGACUCGGCAUUGGAGGCUUAUCAAACAUUGUUGCACCUACUCGAUAUUCACCUGUCCACACGAUCUUCUGUGAUAUCACGUCGCGAAGCUGUCUCGCAGUUGCGGCUGGCCCCGGCUCUUUCGGGAAAUGCAGCGUCUUUUGCUAUCCGUCGUGGGGAAUUGGUGACAGCGGUCGAGCUCCUCGAACGUGGGAGAGCAUUGCUAUGGUCCCAAGUUUCUCGCCUUCGUACACCAACAGAUCAGUUACACAUAGCCCGUCCACUCCUCGCAGCUCGGUUCGUGGCUCUGAGUGAGCAGCUCUCUCCAGUCACACACGGGCAUGGUUCUGAUGCUGCUGAUGGUGCAGCAGCAACGUGUGCAAAACAGCAGUUUGAAACACUCUCGAAGCAAUGGGAAGCUGUGGUGGCACAGAUUCGGGGGGUCGAUGGGUUCUCGCGAUUCCUCCUUCCGCCAUCCUACGACGAUGUACGGCUAGCGGCACAGGAUGGUCCAAUCAUCCUCCUGGUCGCUAGCGAAUAUUCGUGCCAUUCACUCAUCAUCACACGCGACGCAGAGCAACCCCACCAUGUUCCCCUCCCGUCUCUUAAUCUUGCAAAUCUCGAGGAGCUCAAGGACGACUUCUUGAGUACGAUGCGGAGCGCUGUCCGCACUCACCAAAAGGAGCCGAGGACAAAGCUGCUCGCGCUCUUGCGGAAGGUAUGGGAUAAAGUUAUGCUACCUAUCGUCAUGGUACUUCGCGGCGAUCUGAAAGUUGAGCACCGCUCUCGAAUCUGGCUGUGUCCUACCGCAGCCUUCACGUCCAUACCUCUCCAUGCUGCUAGCCUGUUUCGAGUAAAGGCAGAUGGCUCUGGGCCGGAACUAUGUCUGGAGGAUAUCUACAUCUGUUCUUACACGCCGACAAUUUCAGCUUUAAUCAGAGCUCGACAGACGAUGAAAAUGCAUGUAUCUCCGUCUUUCGUUGCGAUUGGACAAGGCCAGCCAGGCGCAGGGCAAGGCGAAGUGCUCAUGAAUGUCGACAGUGAGCUAGAUCUUGUUUGUGGGCUCAUUCCAUCAAAGGUCGGCGCUACCAUUUUGCGUGGCGAUGAAGCCACAAAAUUAGGUGCACUUGAAGCUUUGCGUCACAAUACCUGGGUGCACAUCGCUUGCAAUAGCGACCAGGAAUAUGAGCAGCCUUACAAUUCACGUUUCGCCAUGAGAGAUAAACCGGUCACGCUGCUUGAUAUCAUGGAGAAUAAUGCCCCCAAAGCUGAAUUCGCGUUCUUAUCGUCGUGCCACACCGCCAUCGGCGACGAGCAAACCCCCGACGAAGUCAUUCACCUCGCAGCUGGGCUGCUGUUUUCCGGUUUCAAGAGCGUCAUUGGCACUCUGUCGGUGGUCGAUGACGAUGUUGCAAAGGAGAUUGUCCAAGCUUUCUACGAGAACAUGUUCACAGAUGGUGUCAUGGAUUGUAGGAAGGCUGCCUCGGCACUUAACAAUGCCAUCCGUGCUGUCAAGGUUCAGCAGCAAGUGCCGCUCGAGCAGAGUAUCAUUUUCAUUCAUAUUGGUGUGUAG